UGAGUGCAUGCGUGUGUGCGCGCGCCCGCCCCCUCCCGCGCAUUUGUUUACUUUUGCCGUUUUAAAAACACAGGGAGAGAGAUUGAUUCAAGGAAACUGAAUAUUCGAGGCCGAAUGCAAUUUCCUGCCGCAGAGCCUGGAGGGGGGCGGGGGGGGGGGGGAGGCAGAAACUUGUCCCGUUGUAAUUACCAAACUUUGCCAUAAAGAUAAGCAAGCUCCUUCCUCCAGCGCUUUUUCCCAGUCCUUCCAGUGAGGGGAACUUUACGAAGUACGUGCAAUAAAGAGCUGGGUCCCGAGCAGAAGUGAACCCCGUGGGGAAGCAAACCUCAGCUGAAAGGAAAGGAGACGGAGACCAAACCAAGAGAAGACCUUGUUUGGCACGGAGAAAACAGUAAGAUGACACUUGCGGGAGCGCAGUGAGAGAGUCGCCCCGAAGGAAGUCCUCUCCCACAUUGACUUGUUUUCUCCAAAAAGAGAGAGAGGUCUCUGUGGCGGAGGGGAGGGGAGACAGAGGUGGUGCUGGCAAGAGGCAAGAAAGGAAAGGUGUCUCCAGGAGUUUGGGUGGCCUCGCUGGAAUUCCUUCGCAAAAGGGGACCGAGUUUGCGGGGAGAGGGAGGGCUGCCUUUGAGAAAGUCGGGGGCUGGCGGGUCUGGAGCUGCUCCCCCCCUCUAAGGCUGAUUCACACAUACACACACACACACACACCCCAGGAGAGAGCGCCUUGUGGGCCGGCGGAGGGGGCGUCUUCAAUGCGCGCCUCCUGCCUCCGUCCCUCUCUCUGCCCCGCUUCCCUCGGCGCCUGGAUUUGGGCUUUGUGGCGGCGGCGGCGUCUCUGGCAGGGCUUGGCCCCAUGUCCCAGGUGAGGAGGAACCAGCCCCAAAGCCCCGCCGUCCAUUCGCCCCAUGGAGAGCCCCCGAGAGGAGGAGGAGGAGGAGGAGGAGGAGGAGGAGGAGGAGGAGGAGGAGACCCGGCGCCCAGAGCCACAGGUCAAGAUACGAAUGUCUCUCCAUCUUCCAUGUCUAAUUCAGUGAUAUCAACGACAACUCCAGAUUCUUCAAACCCACCUCACAGUUGUCAAAAUCCAACCACAGGAGCGAAGGAAGACGCUCCAUCACAAGAACAUUCAGCACCUCACAGAUCCAUGGUGAAUGGAAUGUCCUCUUCAAAGACAAAAUCUGAAGAUGGCUUUGUAACAGCAACAGAAGCUGUGACACGCCAACCCCAGGGCCGGGUAACUGUCCGGAGUCCUCCAGCUUCAACUUACGUCCCUCUGCUGCAGAAUGGUGCUGGACCUGUUUCAGAUGAGCUUGGCAGUUCAAAUGGCGAGGCUGGAAAUGGUGCCUUGUGUUCUGAACUCAGGUCACUCUCAGGCUCCCAGAAGCCUCAUCGGAAGCUACAAUCACAUCACUCCAUCAACAGUCAGAUCAGCAAAAAGAGCAAAGGCAGCUCCAAAUCUGCAUCCUCUCAAAUUCCUACUGAAGCACAGGAAGAUUGCUGUGUCCACUGCAUCCUCUCCUGCCUCUUUUGUGAGUUCCUGACCCUCUGCAACAUCAUGCUGGACUGUGCCACUUGCGGCUCCUGCAGCUCUGAGGAUUCUUGCAUCUGCUGCUGUUGCUGUGGCUCUGGGGAAUGCGCCGAUUGCGACCUGCCCUGUGACAUGGACUGUGGCAUUAUAGAUGCAUGCUGCGAGUCAGCUGACUGCCUGGAGAUCUGCAUGGAGUGCUGUGGCUUGUGCUUUUCUUCUUGAAACUGGGAGCCAGAUCGCAUUCCUUAAACACAGGGGUCUAGCCAUGAACUGGGUACAGGAGGGAGAGACCUUGGCCAUAAUCUCUCUCUUAUUCUCUCCUGCUAUCAAAUGACGAGGCCCAUAGAAGCUAAGUUUAAAGCAGGAGAUGAGCCCAGCAUGGACUCAUCUGGAACCAAAGUCCUGCUUUUUACCAGACUGACACAAAAGAUUUGCAGGACUCUUGAAGCUCACAUAGUGGAUAUGGUUCUCUCUCUGUAUCUCUCUCUCCCCUUCUCACCAGAUUCUUCCUAAUGGAAGCUGGCAAAUAACAGUGUUCCUGCUGCCUGAGCCAAGAGCAGGGAAGGAAUAUCUGCACAGCCAGCUUUGCUGCUUGUCAAGGAUCAGGAGCAUCCACACGAGGCCAAAGAUCACCUUCAAGCUAUACUGCCAGUGUUUUAGGAUGCCAGUAAGCUAUGCCAUCUACUGGCCAACAAGUCCAGCCACCACCAUCUAGCUACUAGAGAAGUUUUUUCUAGCUCUAGAGUGUUACUGGCUGCCGAAAGUGCCUUAAGUGUAGUGGUGCUGCCAAUUAGUUGGCAGUCAUGCUGGCUGCUGACUGGCUCUUGAGCCCCUUGGCGCCCAAAGGAAUGGCAGCUAGCCUAGUGUGCCAAGAAGGAAUGCUUUCACACAGCUGCUGUGGGCCAAUCCCUGUCACUGUAGCUUCAGCUGAGUUCUUCCAGUGGUGCGAUGAAAGGAAGCCAGAUACCCAGAACAGCCUUUAACCCAGUGAGAAAAAGAACUGGAGAGACUUCCCUGGGAGCUGGCAUGUUCUCCGAACCCUUCAAAAGGAACCAUAUCUCAUCCCUUCCCCACUUCUUCCUCCACCUCUGAGUCAUCCUUUUGGAUAUUGGUGGUGUGAUUGGAUAGUUCUCCAAAAGCUAAGAACACACCACUCUCCACUGCCAGAUGUGCUCAUUCAAGGGCUUCUUGGCUAUUCUGCCGCCUGCCAGAGAUAUCAAGAUGCUGUUUAAUAGGCUGGAGAUGCAGGAUAUUGGUGUGGCAGAGACCAGAGAAGCUGCCACUCUUUGUCUUUCCCCACAGCAGACAAAAUGCUAAGCCUGGCUCAAAGGCACAAGUCAGUUUCAUCUCCUCUUAGCAAGAUAUUGGACACUGAUGUGACAGCAUUCCAAGUGAGCCAUCCAACUUGGUAGGAUGCCUUGGACCAGGAGGUGGGACAACUUGUACCAACUGAAAUAUGAGCAGGUCUACCAUACUGAGUCCCCUGAUUCCUUUUAAUAUGGGAACUGUUUGUAUUUUGUUCAUUCUUAUUUGUUACUGUAAAUAAAGUUUUUUUUCAUUUC